CGCGGCACUCCGCGGCUUUCAUCACUUCCUCUAGUUGUCAGACUGAGGAGGCCGGACGUGUUACUCUCGUUACAAUGUUUCGCGGUUUGUUUUUCUGAACUAAAGCCCGUCGUGUCCGGAGAACUUUGGAACUAUGGCCUGCGUGGAUUCGGAGGUUGACUUGUGGACCGUUCCUCCCGUCGCGCUCAAUAUGGGCGUGCGUAAAAAGUUGGGACUGUACCUGAACCCCCGGAACGCGGUGGCCGCGGACUGGAUGACCGUGGCUGAGGGAAUGGGCUUCAAUUACCUGGAGAUAAAGAACUACGAGGGGACUAAAAGUCCCACCGAGUCGGUCCUGGAGGACUGGCAGGCCCGCUGCACCGACGCGACGGUCGGGAAGCUGCUGUCCAUCCUGGAGGAGGUGGAGAGGAGUGACAUUGUGGAGGACCUCCGUCCCCUGAUGGUUGAGGACGUCAGGAAGUACUGCGAGAACCAGAAGAAGAACGCUAAGCCGCCACUGCAGGUCCCAGAGGUGGACAGCUGUGUCCCUCGCACCACGGAGAGGAUUGGAAUCACGCUGCAGGACGACCCCGAGGGUGCUCCCGAGCUGUUCGACGCCUUCAUCUGCUACUGCCAGAAGGACUUUGAGUUUGUGCGUGCGAUGAUCCGCGAGCUGGAACAGACCGAGUACAAGCUGAAGCUGUGCGUGUUUGACCGCGACGUCCUGCCGGGCUCCUGCGUCUGGAGCAUCACCAGUGAACUCAUUGAGAAGAGGUGCAAGAGGAUGGUGGUGGUGAUUUCUGAUGAAUACCUCGAUAGUGACGCCUGUGACUUUCAGACCAAGUUUGCUCUGAGUCUCUGUCCCGGAGCUCAAAAUAAACGGCUUAUUCCUGUGAUGUACAAGCCAAUGACAAAGCCGUUCCCCAGCAUCUUGCGCUUCCUCACCAUAUGCGACUACACUCGGCCCUGCACACAGGCCUGGUUCUGGGUACGCCUGGCGAAAGCGCUCUCACAGCCUCACUAGGACCAGGCCGUUGUUUAAAGGUGUUGUGUAGGGUUUGGAUAAUGACCAAAAACAUCCCAAGUUAAAGCAUAUACUUUUGUUCGUGAUCUGCGUCCUGGUGGCUCCUGAACACAUUCUGAGGUUAUAAGAUAUUAAGUAUUAUGAUUGAAGCUAUUUGGGAUGACAUUGAGAUUUCUGGAUAUUGUCACUAUGAAACUCGAGCUGCACAAGGAUACCAAAUAUUAGUUCUCACUGCACAUAGCCAUUAUUAGAUUCCAACAACAAUAACAUAAGAUGUGCCUGCCACUGUUUUGUAUUUAUGUGGGGAGUAUUGGCACACAGGAUGUGUUAGGGGACGAUCUACAAAAUUAUCUAUGAUAGUUUCUUUGCACUUCCUCUAUUGACUCCAUUCCUAGGUGAGAUUAGAGAUUAAUAGGAAGCGCUGUUGUGAUUCUGAUUCCACUUAUUGAAUGUUACUGCCUUCUGACACCUGCCUUUCCAUUUGAAUUUGUACUUUUUAUGUAUAUUGAAUUGAAUGUACCGCUAUGUUGAAUAAAUGGUCUAAACAAAAUAUUUCUUACACAUAUUUUAAAUGUAUGAUGAUUUUUAUGUAAAAAUAAAAAGGCUCUGUACUGUCACAAAAGCGCAACAUGUUAUAAUUUUCUCC